CCACUGGGUGAAAUUCAAUGACCGUAUUGACAUGCACAGGUAAAAAAAAUCCAUAAAAUUACCGCGGCGGACCUUUCCUCCAAUGCAACAAACAAAGCCGCAGCAAAGUAUUAACCUGUAUUUGCCACGCCGUCUUCAAUUUCGCAAACAGGCGUGGAGGGGAGAGAGAGAAGGGUCGGAGGCAGAAUCAGAGAGAGAGAGAGAGAAUCCAGUGAGUAUUAAGUGGCGGUGGGUUUGAUGAUUUGAUUCUUCUCCGACGUUUUUUUAGUUUUGUUCAUUCUCUGCGAUUGAUUGCAAUCCCGCACAACGUCGUUUUGCUGCAAUUUCUCUGUCGUUUUGUCCGCGCCUUCAAUCCGCCGCGUCUCUUGGGUCCCGAUCGCCUGCGAUCGUGUGUUUUUCGAAUCUUGCAUCGCCGGAUAUCGGCCGUGGACGCCAUGCUCGGGUUCCUGAUUCGUGCCCCGGCGGCUCCUGAAACCGUCUCUGGGGUGUUGGGUUGGUGAGGGAUUCUGGUUUUGCAUUGGGGAUAUUGGGUUCUUUAAUGGGCGAUAUUCGAGAUUGGUUGCCUGAACCAAACGGUGCCUUGAUCGAAGAGAGGCCGGUCCCGUUGUCGUCGGCGUUGUCUCUUUCGCCCAACCCGAGCCCCAACCCCAACCCCAACCCCAACGCCAACCCCAACCCAAGCCCGGCGUCGAUUGGUGCAGAGCGGUGGCGGGUAGCCGAGCAGGCGACGCAGGGGAUCAUCUGCCAGGUUCAGCCCACUGUUGUGUCGGAGGUGAGGAGAAGGGCAGUCAUAGAUUAUGUGCAGAGGCUGCUCAGAGUUUAUGUGGGUUGCGAGGUAUUCCCAUUUGGUUCAGUACCACUUAAGACCUAUCUUCCUGAUGGAGAUAUUGAUCUGACUGCCUUUGGGGUUCCAAAUGUUGAAGAUGCUUUGGCCAGUGAUGUGUCUUCUGUCCUUGAAGGAGAAGAUCAGAAUAGUGAUGCAGAGUUUGUAGUAAAGGAUGUCCAAAUUAUUAAUGCGGAGGUUAAGCUUGUGAAAUGCCUAGUGCAGAACAUUGUAGUAGAUAUUUCCUUCAAUCAGUUGGGGGGGCUUUGUACGCUAUGCUUUCUUGAACAGGUUGAUUGCCUCAUCGGCAAAGAUCAUCUUUUCAAACGCAGUAUUAUAUUGAUCAAGGCUUGGUGUUAUUAUGAAAGCCGUAUUCUGGGUGCUCAUCAUGGUUUGAUUUCUACAUAUGCUUUGGAGACGUUGGUUCUGUAUAUUUUCCAUCUUUUUCACUCAUCCUUGAAUGGUCCUUUAGCGGUUUUAUAUAGAUUUUUGGACUAUUUUAGUAAAUUUGAUUGGGACAACUACUGCAUCAGCGUAAAUGGUCCAGUCCGCAUAUCCUCACUGCCAGAAAUCGUGGCCGAGAGACCUGAUAAUGGUGGCCUUGAUUUGUUGCUUACUAAAGACUUCCUCAGGGAAUGUGUGGACAUGUUCUCAGUACCAUCAAGAGUACAUGAGACAAGUUCACGAACAUUUCUCCAAAAGCAUCUCAACAUAGUUGAUCCUCUUAAAGAAAAUAACAACCUUGGUCGCAGUGUCAGCAAAGGGAACUUUUAUCGAAUUCGCAGUGCUUUCACAUAUGGUGCUAGAAAAUUGGGACGGAUCCUCCUGCAACCCGAAGAGAACAUAGCUGAUGAACUCCAAAAAUUUUUCAUGAACACUUUGGAUAGGCAUGGGAGUGGACAGAGGCCUGAUGUCCAAGAUCCACUACCAAUGUCUGGUUUCAAUGGAUUUGGCCCUGCAACCUCUAUUGAGGCAUGUCAAGAAGAUAAGACACUUUCCAUAUCAAAGUUUGCUGAUUCAGGUGGCACAACUAGAGAAUAUAGGUUUGCUCCUGAGGGAUUAUUGCAAAAUGGAGUCGAUGAUAAUAGGAUGUCUCUGAUGAAAAUGAAAGUCUCCAAAACCUUUAAUGAACUACAGAAAGGCUCUAAGGAAGUGCUUCCCUCAACAGUUUGGUCUGAAGCUGACUAUUUUGCAAAUGGGACUGCUGUCUCAGGCUGCCGUCUCUCUGGGGAUGCGAAGGACCUUGCUACCUCCAGGGUGAGAAGUCUUGGAAUUUCAGAUGAUGCACCUAAGUAUUCCCCUCUGGGUGGUGAGGAGAGCAUUUCUCUGCUGGGUAAAGCUCAUCAUGCACCCCAUCUCUAUUUCUCUCCCUCACUGAUGGGAGAUGCAAAACUGAGUAAUGGAAACCCUGAUUACAAACAGGAAGAGAGCUCUGAUGAUGCAUACAACAAAGCAUCUUCUGAUCUACGACAAAUGCCUUAUGAGAAGACAGGAGUUUUAGUAAGUUGUGAGCUAGAUGAGAACCAGUUGGUACGAAAUAAUGAGUUUCUGACCUCUGCUGGAUCAAUCGAUAGUCCUCCAAUUUUGAGUCCAGUUGCUUGUUCCCCAAAAGAUUUAUAUCAUGGUCAACAGGACAGGGCCUCAGUUGGCACACUUGCAACUUCUGAAGCUUUAAACUCCAUCUCGGAUCUCAGUGGAGAGUAUGAUGCUCACUUUAAUAGUCUGCAAUAUGGUCGGUGGUGCCAUGAGUAUGCUGUUGGCGCUCCUGUUUCUCCAAUGUCCUUACCGAUGCCUUCACAGUUUCACAGCAAAAAUUCAUGGAAUUCGAUGCAAAGACCACCGCAAUUCAGGCGGGGUGUGUUUUCUCGUAUGAAUACUAACGGUAUUGUUCCAAGACCGGCAUUCUACCCCCUGACUCUACCUAUGAUACCUGGUUCAGCCUAUGGCAUGGAGGAGUUACCAAAGCCGCGAGGAACAGGGACCUAUUUUCCCAACACGAACCAUCAAUUCAGUAGGCCAAGAUUUUCAUCAGCAAGAGGGAGGAAUCAUGUACCUGUGAGGUCUCCUCGUAACAAUAGUCGGGCUGCUACUCCCCCAGAGGAAAAUUUGCUAGAUAGAAGCAGCCGUGAGGUGCCACAAGCACAAUUUCUGGUUCAUCAAGGCAGUGGAAAUUUUGGGUCUUCUGAUUUCUACCACUCUCUUUCCCCCGGCAGGAACGAUCACCCUAGCCCCAACGGUUUAUUGCUCUCGACUGAGAAAUUAGUUGAAUUUGGGUCUAUUAGCAAAUUACAAUUAGGGCCACCACCCAUUGGGAGCAGCAGGUUACCAAACCCUGGCACUUCCUCCACACAAAAUUCCAGUCUAAGCCCUUCGACACCAGGCACACAAAGGACAAAACCGGUAUUGGGUACGCUUGAGGAUAGGAUUGCAGCACGGUCAUACCGUUUGAAAGAUGAAGAUGAUUUCCCACCUUUAUCAGCAUGACUGCAGUGGGACCGGUUGUUUAUAUUGAUGGUUUUGAGAUAUAAACAAAUGGAAUGAUAAAUGCUCUAACAAGACAGCCCGAGCCUGAACUUUUGGCCAAUAUAGCUCCAGCCCAAUCAUUUUGAAGCUUGUUUAAAGGGUUUCCUUUUUCCUGAUAUGGUUCUGAGGCAUUGUGUACAUUUUGCUAAUUAUUUUUACCCUAACUCUGAUAUUUUUGCCUUAAAUCGAGUUGUUUAUAUAUAGGAUGUUUAAAUGAUGGCUCUCAUCCAGCAGGCCCUUCUUGGGUCACCAUUGUGCACCCCACUCCAUUUUCUUCUUCUGUAGUUGUAAGUUAGAAAACACGGUGCAUUGUUGCUGAUGCCUGAUGUAACUUAAUAUUUGAAAAUGUAUGUUCUUUUUGCAGCUGGAGUGAUGCUGUUUAUUGCC